AUGUCGCGAGAUUCUGGAGAAGAGAUAGAUAUAUUAGAGAAUGCGGAUGAAGUCAUCGAGAACUUAUCGAAAGAGUUACAAGACUUGUACUUGUAUCGUGAUUUGUUCUUUGAAAAUCACCCUAUUAAGAUGGCAUUGGAUAAGAAUAAAUUGGUUGAAGAGAAGAAAGAAGAAUUAGUUAAGAAACUUGAAGAAAUAGAUGUUGACAAGCAAAUACCAUUCCCUCUACGAGCGCAGUUCUUGUAUUUAAAAGGCAGGUGCUACAAUAUCAAUCCUGCAUAUGACUCACGUGCAACACAGUGUCUAAGUAAAGCAGUUAAACUUAAUCCUCAUUUAGUGGAUGCAUGGAAUGAGCUCGGAGAAUGUUACUGGAAGAAUGCAAAUAUCAAAGAAGCCAAGGCCAGUUUUGAAGGAGCGUUGAAACAUGAACGGAACCGACUGGCUUUACGUUGCUUAUCAAUAAUACUGCGGCAAGAAAGUGGUGCCAAAAAACCUAAGGAGGCCACCACUGCAAUAGUGCAAAGUGUUGAGUUAGCGAAAGAAGCUGUUGCACAGGACAUUAAAGAUGGCGUCUCGUGGACUGUAUUAGGCAAUGCCUACUUGUGCCAAUUCUUCAUGGUGUCGCAAGACCCUGGUGUCCUGAAGGCUUGCUUGAGUGCAUACAGGCAGGCUUGGUUAGACCCCAUUGCUAAAGGUCAACCUGACCUAUAUUAUAAUAAAGGAAUUGCUUUGAAAUAUGAAGAAGACUAUUUAGAAGCUCUACAGAACUUCGAGUAUGCAUGCAGCUUAGAUCCAUUGUGGGAGCCGCCACGAUUAGAGUUGGGGAGACUUACUACAUAUUUGACCAAUACCAAUAGUCUGGUGCAAACCAGGGGUAAAAUGAAAGUCAAGAAACUAACGCAGAUGGUUCAGGCGAAGUUUCCACUUAAAACUGUAACCGGCUGGGCUCUAACAUCUCAGGAAAAAGUAGAUACAUUUACUCAGCAACUAGUAAAAGUCUUUGCUACCAACAUAUCCAGUAACGCACACGGCAAGAGCAUUCUACUACCGAACAGCUACAUAGUCUGCGCGAAGAUUAGGAAAAGCCUGGAGGAGAAACAAUACUGCUCCUCGGUAUUUUUAGACAUACAACAAGCAUUUGACAAAGUUUGGCAUAGGCUUAAAAUCAAUCGCACUCAACAAUACUUCUCCUUAUUGAAAUCAUAUCUUUCUGAAAGAUUAUUUCAAAGCAUAGACAUGAAGAUGUUAGGAGCUUAUGGGCCGAACACGCUCCAUUCGUUCGGUACUCGCAGUGACGUCAAACUGGAACGAGUCAAAUUGGGUUGCCUACAGGAGGGCACUAACGAAGGAAAAGUUGUGCUUGCGAAGGUAGUGGGUUCUAUACACAGUGAAAAUGCUGUCCCAUUCACAUUCGCCGUAGUGGAUGAGAGUAUGGAGUCAGUGUGUGUCACUGUGUAUAAUUGGGCGGACGGAAGGGGAGCUAUUAUAGGUGACUGCGUGUGUAUACCUGAGCCUAAACUAACUCUACACAAAUACGACAAGCAAACACUGAAAUACGAGUUCAAAUCAAUCAGAUUAAAUAGCCCUAUGCAUUUACUGUUAAACGGUAAACGGGUAUCUAGAGACCAGUUCGCUUGUACUAAAGCCACCAGUACAUAUGAGAUUCAUUGA